GUGAGCACACAACUUCUUACAGGUUACCUACCGUGCUCCCACGGUUUUCACACCUGCUCUUGCAUCAUAUGGAAACGGGGAAGACAAGCUCAAUCUUGCUUUGCAGUCGCUUGGCUGUAGUUUUGUAGGGCCUGAGCAAUCUCCGAUACAGACAACAAAAGAUACAAGUUCAUUUAUAGCUUGAAAGGAGACGAUUCUUUCCCAGUGCAAGUGGACCUUGCAGCCCUCGAACUCUUAUCGCUCCACAUCAUGUCCAUUUGUCCCCAACACUAGUAAGGUGUCAUCAGGCGGUCAAAAAGAUGGACAAAUUCGAGCCCGUCGCCGAUUUAGGUUCAGGCAACUUCGGCGUGGCCAAGCUUAUGCGAGACCGAGCAAGUGGCCAGCUGGUCGCCAUCAAGUUCAUUGAGCGCGGCGAGCGGGUCGACCGCAACGUCGAACGGGAAAUAUGCAACCAUCGCAUGUUGAAUCAUCCAAACAUCGUCGCGUUCAUGGAGGUGUUUCUGACGCCUAGCCACUUGGGCAUAGUGAUGGAGUACGCGGCGGGCGGCGAGCUGUUUGAGCGCAUCGUGCGGGCGGGGCGCUUCAGCGAGGACGAGGCGCGCUACUUCUUCCAGCAGCUCAUCAGCGGGGUGGACUACUGCCACGCCUCGGGUGUGUGCCACCGGGAUCUGAAGCUGGAGAACACGCUGUUGGACGGUAACCCCGCGCCCCGACUCAAGAUAUGCGACUUCGGAUACUCCAAGUCGGCGUUUGACAGCCAGCCCAAGAGCACGGUGGGCACCCCCGCCUACAUCGCGCCGGAGGUGCUGCAGCGCAAGGAGUACAACGGCCAGCCGGCGGACGUGUGGAGCUGCGGCGUGACGCUGUACGUGAUGCUGGUGGGCGCCUACCCCUUCGAGGACCCAGCAGACCCCCGCAAUUUCAGGAAGACCAUCCAGCGCAUCAUGAAUGUCAAGUACAGCUUCCCGCCCCAGCUGGCCAUCAGUGCCGAGUGCGCCGACCUCAUCGGCCGCAUCUUCGUGGCCAACCCCGCACAGCGCAUCGCCAUCGCCGACAUCCGCAGGCACCCCUGGUUCCUCAAGAACCUACCCGCCGAGCUGGCGGACCCCAACAACUUCAGCCGCAGCCCCGAGCCGCACCAGUCGCUGGACGAGAUCCGCGCGCUCAUCCGCGCCGCCCGCACCCUGGGCGACACCGGGCCCAAGCCCGGCGGCGGCCCGGGCGGCGGCGGCGGCCACCUGCCGCUGGAGUUCAACGAGGACGACUACAUGGACGCCGACGAGCUGGCCAGUGCGGGCGUGGGAGGAGGCGGAGUGGGCAUGCACGGCGCAGGCGGCCAGGCAGGAGGGCCCGGCGGCGCGGGGGCGGGGAGAGCGGGCGGCGGCGCAGGCGGCGCGGGUUCCGGGGGCGGCGCGCAGCAGCACGGCGGUGGUGCGGGUGGCGGCGGCGGCAACGGGGCGUAUCUAGUGGAUAACGGCUACAACCACCAGCACCACGUGGCAGUGGCGGCGGCGGCGCACAUGGGCUCGCCCGCGGCCAUGGCUGGCGGCGGCGGCGGCGGCGUGCCUGGCGGCCACCCGGGCGGUGCGGUGAUGGCGCUGCCCAUGCCCAUGGCUGCCAUGCAGGCGGCGGCUGGGGGCGGUGUGCCGCACCCGCACCACUUGGUGCCGCCCGUGCACAUGCACCCGCACGCGGUGGUGGGCGGGCCCGAGUAUGGCGCCUACAUGAUGCAGCAGCAGCAACAGCAGCAGCAGCAGCACGCACACGCGCAGCAGAUGAUGGUGGCGGCGGCGGCAGGGCAGCGCGGGUAUGCAUUGGGCCCAGGUGGCGGCUACGUGGCGGCGGGCGGCGGACCCGCCAUGUAUGCGGCCACUGGGCGUGUGGGCAGUCCGCCGCAACAGCAGCAACAGCAGCAGCAGCAGAUGCAAAUGCACAUGCAGAUGCAAAUGCACAUGCAGCAGCACGCGGGCGGGGCCAUGGCGCAGGGCGGGCCCGGCCCCGCACCGCAGCAGUCGCCCCCACAGUAGCCGGCCGGCCCGGGCCCGGGCGCAGGCACUGCACUGCAGCCGCCCCGCCUGGGCCUUGUUACAACGCUCAUGUCUUCGCUCCUCCCUGCCGCGUGCACGGCACCGGCGGAGGAGGGAGCCGCUCCUUAUGCAUGCACAUAUCGCAUGGCUUGUAGCAAAGGUUCUCUCGGCAGUUUGUGUCUAACUGCGCGGUGCAAACCGCACGCCCCUUUGCAAGGCGCCAGGCGGUGGCGUAAGAAGCUGCUGCCGGCGCUCUAGAACCCUCCUGGCUCCGGACAGUCCUGCAAGUUCUGCAUGUGAUCUGGGUUGUCGAGCGCGCCGCUGCAUCGGGAGCAGCGCGGGCGGCUGUAGUGCUCUCUGUAGUAAUGCCUCUGCAAGACCGCUGAAUGGGCCGGCCGCUGCAUGCGCAUGUAUGUGCCGCGUGUGUGCAGCUGUGAGGUCUUGUUACGCAUGUGCCCGUGGUUGGGGUACGGCAUCCACGGAGCUGAAUCAUACAUAAGUGGGGGCAGUUUGACAGAGUGGGGUGCCCGUGCUGUUAACUCAUGUGUGCAGCGUUUCGCUGUGCGGCAGUGGGUGUGUUGGGCGGGACGCGGGCGCACGUGCAUGUGUGAGCGUGGGUGUCGCACGCGCGUGGUCGGCACGGGGUUAUUUACAGGGCAGGGGGCGGAUGGCAAGGGGGAUCGCAUGUACAGCCGCGGGCAUAGGAAACGAGGGGCCUGUCAGAGUGCCUAUUUGGCGGCCCAAGGCAAACCAGCAGGCGCGGGUUUGCUGCAGAGGGGCAGCUGGCGGAAAAGAAGGUUGAUUAGGGCAUCAGACGUGAUAGCAGUUUCCAACUGUCACAUGCCGCUUGGCUUGCGUACUGCACACUGACUCCGCGAUAGCUUCGGCGGUGCAUACUUGGCAAUGCGGCACUAAUAUAGAUGCACUGUGUGUGAGGUUGGCGCGGUCGGUGCGGCAGGAGGCGUGAGCAGGCGUGAGCAGGUCGGCGGCGGAGGCGAUGUGGGUAAGAAAAUCCUCCGUUGAGAUUUGGAGGUGGUGACGGGAUUCAUACAAACAAAUGGCAGUUAACGCACACAGCUGCACCCAGGACAACAGAAAUCCGGGGCCGUGUGUGAGCGGGCUUGAGCCUCCAGGGAGUCGCGUGAGCACCAGGUCCUGCAGCUGAGAGCUGUGCUGUGUCGAAGAGAGGGGUAGCGGCGGGGGACCUCAGGCCGCCGUGCUUGCUUAUGCAUUGGCAGUGCCCGCGGUAGACGCCGCGGAAAUACAUACUAAGAUACACGUAUAUGGAACUGAGAAUUUGUUGGGGGCGCCACGAAUAAGGUUGCUGCGAUGGAAAGGUUCCAGAUGUGCGCGGAUGGGGCCGACUGGUGGCUCGGGUCUCAACACACGGCGCUGCACGUGCUCAUGUGUGUGCACGCGCUCGUGUGUGUGCACGCGCUCAUGUGUGUGUGCGUGUAUGCCCUGACGCCCUUCGCGGUGUGGGCCUGGAGGUGCGGGCAGUGCGUUGUGGCUGGCGGCGGCGGCACCAGUGGUGAUGGUGGUGGUGGUGGUGGUAGCGUUAGUGGUCGUGUUUCCCCCGGCCCAUUGAUGACACUGUUUGCAUUCGAGUUUUGUGGUGAUCGUGUCAUCCGGUUUGCAGUCAUACAGAGAACGCGUCGGUUGUCUAUCGAGGUAGGUGCGGUUAGCACAGUCCGCUCGCAGUUAGGCAUUUGCAGUCGUUCCGAGACCAGGCAGCAAGGUGAGCAGGUCGAGAAGAAAGCUGCAGGUGCGAUAAAGCGGUGCUCUAGGGCAGGGGUCGACAAGUGGGGACACGGCAAGCGCCCGGAAGCAAGCGCUUGGGCGGUUGCAGCAGGACGCAUGGGGGCCCGAACGUGACGCAGGUCCGCGGGGCAACCCAAGAUAUUCUUUGCAUUGCGUUCUUUCGGAUCCUGCGGUUACCCGCAGAUGCCCGUGGGGUCUGGAGUGCACAGGGCCCUGGUGGGGCCGUGAGCGCUUUGGAUGCAUGUGCACGGGGAGUGCCCCCCUGACGGGUGUGCGUAUGGAGGCUGCGGAGGACACCGCAGUGCGCACAAGUCCGCAGGCAGCAGGCGCACAGCAGGCGCCCAAGUGAGGGUUUAGAGGUCGAAAUGGUUGUUUCCCAUGUGCUAUUGGCGCUCGGUGCUGCAGCUCAUUCUUUUGCAUGGUGGUGGAGCCGGCCAAGUAUGUUUUGUUUGCGUUGGCCGGCUCUUGGAGUGGGUAGUGCUAGUGACGGUUGGUGUCUCGAUGGGUUCAGGGCAGCAGCAGAGUGGGGGAUUGGGGAAUUUACGGGCUGGGCAAUGUGGCCCGGGGCAAGUAACGCGGACACGCGCACGAGAGAACCGCUCCCUAAUCCUCCAUAUGUGUAAGGUGCUGUGGCU